AUGCCAGAGAGGCUGGUGGCUCAUUUGAAGAACAAUCUGGUGGACCUCUCGGCCUUUGAUGGGGGAGACUUCCAAGAUUGGAAUGUCGCCAGGCCGCAACCCCAAUGGCCAACCUCGACCCCGGACUGGGAAAAAUGGCUGUCGAGGAUGGAGCACUUCUUCGGCCAGCAAUGGAAGGAUCAGGGCAUCUACCACUUGAUCAAGCUUUUCGACCGGCCGCUCGUCAUGGACCGGUCGCUCUUGGCCGCGGCCCUAUGCUUCUGGUCGUCGGCCACAAAUACUAUGAACCUUCGGUUUGGUAUGAUGACGCCAACCGUUCUAGACAUGGCCGCCCUAUUCGGCCUCUCUCUCCUUGGCGUGGAAGUAAAUGCCGCUCUGGUGGCCCCUGAGGCUGAAGGGAGUUUUAAGGCCGCAUGGCCUACGGUCGCCAAGCUUGCUGGGAGCAAGGCGAAGAACAUGCUCAACUAUUCCAGCUUCUACAGCAACUUCGGCCACCUUGGACGAGGUCGAGCAUGCCACGUUCUUGCUGUCCUGGCUAUGCAAGGCCGAAGGCUGGCGCUCGGCCCAUUCCUUCUCAGUCAUAUCUACCGCACGCUUCACGACGUCGUCACGGAUGGGAUGAAGCCGAAGCACGAUGAUCCACUAUGGGCCUUCCAGUUCUGGCUGCAGGCUUAUUUCCCAGAGCUGAGGGGAGCAGCCAAUAUUACCGACACCGAGCCAUUGGCCAAUGCGUUUGCCCGGGCCCCCAGGAAGCAUAAGACCUCGACUUCCUGUUCUAAAUUUUUCUACGGCUUGGUCGAGAGGACUGGGUCGCAGUUCCGGGUGUGCCUUGCUCGGCCCUACCCUUUGUUCUUGGCGCACAACCUCUCCGUGAUUCCUGACAGUGAAAUGGAGAACGAUUUGAAGGAAAUCUGGGGCUCCUUCCUGGUCGCGCGCGACCUUCACUGCGGCUUGUCCAAGGCUGGGGCCGAGGUUUAUAUACCGAACUUGGUGGCGCGGCAAUUUGGCUUGAUCCAGACGGCACCGCUUCCCCCGUUGUCAACCAACCGGCUCUCGUCUUGGAGGGCCGAUGUCGCCCAGCAGCACGGCGUGACGGGCAUUCCUUCCAGCUUCAAAAGGGGAUGA